AUGAUCCGUAAGUCCACAAACGUGCUGCUGACCCGGACCCUGAGCCACUGUCUGCAGUACGGCAUCAAGAAGAAGAACGUGGGGCUCGCUGAGUUGGUGCAGCUCAUCAUCAACAGCACUCACCUGGAGCACAGCUGCCACUUCCUGGAGGAGUUCAUCUCCAACAUCACCAACGUUCCCCUGGACGCCGUCAGCGCCACCAAGCUCUACGGGCCCUCCACCUUCAAGGACGCGUGCCACGCGGCGGAGGCGGAGAUCUACACCAGCAUCAACGCCAAGAUCGACCAGUUCCUGCAGCUGGCGGACUACGAUUGGCUGGCUCCGGUGCCGGGGGGCGGGGCUUGUGACGUCAGCGACUACCUCAUCGACCUGCUGGCCUUUCUGCGGAGCACCUUCAGCGUGUUCACCAACCUCCCCGGAUCUCCCAUAGAACAUGGCACUCUCCCGGGUAAGGUGGCGCAGACGGCCUGUAUGUCUGCCUGUAAACACAUGUCUCCUUUCUCCUCCUCUCUCCUCCUCCUCCCUCCUCCUCCUCUUCCCUCCUCCUCUCUCCUCAGGGGUAAGGUGGCGCAGACGGCCUGUAUGUCUGCCUGUAAACACAUGUCCACGUCGCUGCUGCAGCUGCUUCUGGAUCCAGACCUCAGACAGAUCUCUCUGGGAGCUCUGCACCAGAUCAACACCGACGUCCAGGAGUGCGAGAGUUUUGCCAGGUCUGGUCCGGUCGCAGGCUUCCAGGGCGACACUCUGCUGUUGGCCUUCAGUGACUUAAGACAACUUAGCGCUCUUAUCAUAUCAAAGGAGCGCACGUCUCGCACAUCUGCCCCCGGUGGCAUCUCGCCGCCAUUUCUCAUUUUUGCCUGUCACCGCUGCGUCGUUUUUCACCCGGUUUUGACGCUAAACAGUUGGUGA